AUGGAAUAUGGAUUAUUCAUAGUUUCAAAAAGGAGCAUAACCAUGAAAUUUUUCCAGAUCAAGCUUAUUACUUUCGAGGUCACAGGAAUAUAGAGCUAGGUAACAGUAAUGUUGAUGCUCUGCAUGCUAUCAGAGCAAGGACCAAAAAAAUGUAUGUGACAAUGUCUAAACAGUCUGGUGGAAUGAAGAAAGUUGAGAAUCAAAAGAGUGGUACUGUCAGUGUUAGUGGACAGCAUUUGGCCUUAGAGGAAGGAGAUGCACAAGUGAUGCUUGAACAUUUUAUGUACAUGCAAGAUGAGAAUCCCAACUUCUUCCAUGCAAUAGAUUUGAAUCAAGAUCUGUGUUUGAGAAAUGUUUUCUGGGUUGAUGCCAAGGCUAGGCUUGAUUAUGGGAACUUUGGUGAUGUAGUGUUUUUUGACACUACAUAUAUCAAGAAUGAAUAUAAAUUGCCCUUUGCUUCCUUUAUUGGGGUAAACCAUCACUGUCAGUUCCUGUUGCUUGGAUGUGCACUGAUUGCAGAUGAGAGUAAAUCCACAUACAUAUGGGUAAUGCAGGCAUGGCUUAGAGCAAUGGGAGGACAAGCUCCAAAGGUGAUACUGACUGAUCAAGACAUUACAUUGAAAGAAGCUAUCGCUGAGGUUUUUCCAAAUUCUCGCCAUUGUUUUUGUUUGUGGCACAUAUUGAGCAAGAUUCAGGAAAAGCUUAGUUAUGUGAUGAGACAACAUGGAAGUUUUCUUAGUAAAUUUAACAAAUGUAUUUUAAAGUCGGGUACAGAUGAACAGUUUGAAAAGAGAUGGUGGAAAAUGUGUGAUAGAUUUGAACUAAGAAAUGAUGUAUGGUUUCAAUCAUUGUAUGAAGAUCGUGAACGAUGGAUUCCUACAUACAUGAGAGACAUUUUUUUGGCAGGGAUGUCUACAGCACAAAGGUUGGAGAGUAUAACCUCUUUCUUAGAUAAAUGCAUUCAGCGGAAAACUACAUUGAAAGAGUUUUUAGACCAAUACAAAGCAAUUCUACAAGAGAAGUAUGAAGAGGAAGCAAAAGCAGAUUUUGAGACGUGGCAUAAACAACCAGGGUUGAAAUCUCCCUCACCUUUUGGGAAACAAAUGGCAACAAUGUACACGCAUGCCAUAUUCAAGAAAUUCCAAGUUGAGGUUUUGGGAGUGGUUGCAUGUCAUCCAAAAAAGGAAAGUGAAGAUGGUGAUACCAUAACAUUCAAGGUUCAAGAUUUUGAAGAGAACCAAGAUUUUAUUGUGGUUUGGAAUGAAACAACUUCUGAUAUUACUUGCUCUUGUCAUUUGUUCGAGUUCAAUGGUUUCCUUUGUAGACACGUGAUGAUUGUCCUUCAAAUAUUGGGUGUGCAUAACAUCCCAUCUCAAUAUAUUUUGAAACGUUGGACGAAGGAUGCAAAGAAUAGGGGGCCGAUGAGGCAAACAGAUAUAAUUGAGUCUAGGUUUCAACGAUACACAGAGUUAUGUCGGCGGGCCUUUAAACUGGGUGAUGAAGGGUCUUUAUCUCAAGAAAGCUAUAAUAUCGCAUUCCAUGCACUUGAAGAAGCUUUGAGAAAGUGUGAGACUGUGAAUAACUCAACUCAGAGUGUGUUAGAGCCCAGUUCUCCAUCAACUCAUGGUCUUCACGACUUUGAAGAAGUGACUCAAGGUAACUGUACAAGCAAGACACAAAAAAAGAACAAUGUAUCUGGAAAACCAAAGGUAACGCCAGAACUAGAGGCAAUUACCAUAGGCAUGCAUAGUGGUUGGCAACAAAUGGGAAACACAAAUUUGCGAGCACCAGCCCGUGAUUGUUCUUAUGAAUCGCAACAGGGCAUACAAGUGAUGGAACAACUGAACUCAAGAAUUUCAACCUUUGAUGGUUACUUGGCCACUCAACAAAUUGUUCAGGGAAUGGGACAAGUAAACAUGAUAACUCCAAGUCGUGAUGAUUCUUAUAGCGAUCAACCUAGCAUGCAGGGCCUGGGACAAUUAAGUUCAAUAGCUCCAAUCCAUGAUGGUCAUUACCUUGCUCAGCAAAGAUUGCAUGGGCUGGGGCAAUUUCAAUUCAGACCACAAACUUUUCAUAGUUGUUUUGGCAUUCAGGACAGUUUGCAAGAUAUGAAUCAGUCUAAUGUGGGACCUACCCAGUUGCAGGGCCUGGCAUCAAAACAAUUACACUCAAAGCAUCUCUCUCAGCAACUGCUAAAUCAGUAAUCAUUCAAACAAGGCAAUUGUUCUUCCACGGAUAUCUGUCCGAGUGGGAAAAUGGAGAGCACUUAUUUUUCACUAAAUUGGUGCAAGGCUGUCUUUAGGUGGAGACAAAAGCAAGUGUUUGUACAAAGAGGGAAUCAGGCUAAAGGGGUGAAUUUUUUACUUAUGGUGUAUUGACCAUAUAGAUCUGUUAACAAGUUAACUGUAUGCAAUAUAGGAAACAUGUAUCUGUUUUGUAAAUGUUGUUGCAUUGUCGAGUUUCAUAAUAUAUUAGCCCAGGUUGUAUUUAAUUGCUCGA